AAAGAAAACUGAUAUUUUAACUUGAUUUUAUUUUUAAACUUGAUUUAGUCACUUAUUCUGCCUUUAAAUAGAUCUCAUAAAACUUUCAAACGCUUCCACUUUGAAAUGAUGAAAUGCAGACAAUUUUUGACUUAAUAUUCCUGUCUUUUGCAGAAUGGACGAUGAGAUUAGCACGCAAAACGAUCUGCUGCGGACUUGUCUGCAGCAGCAAAUCGACGAGCUUAGCAUGCUGGAGUCGAUCUUCUGCAAUCCCGGGGAGUUUCACAUCGAUGACCAUAGCAUAGCCGCGGACAUCAAUGAAUUCCUCGAGGGUAGACUGGAAUCCGUGCACAGAAAGCUAGAUUUCCGAAUUUGCUUUCCACUAAUCGAUGGGAAAAUGCAUUUGAGUGUUGAAUUGCCACACUUUUAUCCCUCCGUUGAAAUCCCACGCGUUCAAGUGGACUCAAAAGUGCUCACAAAAAGGCAAGAGUUGACCUUAUGCGAGCAAAUUGAAGAGUACAUUGACACGCUCGAUAAGAGCGAACCUUACGUGUAUCAAAUUGUCUCUUGGGUGCAAGACAAUGUGGAAGAUUUACGAGCAACGGUAUCGCAUGAAAAGGGCACUGAAGAGGAGGUGAAAAGCUCGUUUGAGCGCUUAUGGAUUUACUCGCAUCAUAUCAAGAGCAAAACCAAGCGACGGAAUAUCGUGAAGAAUGCCAAUGAUUUAGCGCUCACGGGAUUCUCUUUGCCCGGAAAGCCGGGAAUCAUCUGCGUGGAGGGCGAUCGCGCGAGCACUCAAGAAUUCUGGCAAUUGCUGCGUCAGAUGCACUGGCAGAAAAUCAGCAUCAAGAAGGCGGAGGAGUCGGAAACCGAGUCCAGACUCUUCGAGGACUUCAGGGAGAUGCUCUUCGCCGAUGUGGGCGAUGAUGAGGAGGUCGUGCUCAACAUGAGCAACUUCAUCAAGUUCCUCGAGCUUCACAAUUGUGGCGACAUCAAGAAGGAGCUUUUUGGCUUUGAAUAAAGCAGUUU